AUGAUGAUGUUCACGAAACCCACGAUGGUUGUUUGCCUGAAAGGCGCCUUUACCGGUCAACAAAACCGUUCCAUGGCCACGCUGAAACAGAUUCAGAUGCGUCUCAAGUCAGUGACGAACAUCCAGAAAAUCACCCAGUCCAUGAAGAUGGUGUCCGCUGCUAAGUACGCGCGUGCCGAACGUGAACUGCGUCAAGCCCGUCCGUAUGGUGAGGGCGUUAAGGCCUUUUUCGAGAAAUCUGGUGCUACCGAAACAUUAGAAGGAGCUGUUGAAAACAAGUUGAUAGUAGCCAUUACAUCUGACCGUGGUCUCUGUGGUGCUGUUCACACUAAUGUAGCUAAGACCAUCCGUAAUGAAUUGAGUCUUGAAGCACCAGACGCUGGAACUAAAGUAUUUUGUGUUGGCGACAAGUCUCGAGCACUUCUGCAGAGACUUUAUUCUGAUAAUAUUGCUGUAGUUGCUAACGAAGUUGGUCGCAAACCACCCACAUUUUUGGAUGCAUCUAAAGUAGCUAAUCAAUUGGUUCAGUUAGAUUACAACAGUGGAAAAAUUAUUUACAAUAGAUUCAAGUCUGUGGUAUCUUAUCAAACUGAAGAAGUUCCAUUGUUGAGUGUAAAAACCAUGUUAGCUGCUCCAAAAUUGCAGACCUAUGACAGUAUUGAUGAAAGUGUUAUGGAAUCAUACCAGGAAUUUACAGUAGCUGCUUUAUUAUACUACACAAUGAAACAAUCAGCCUGCAGUGAACAAUCUUCAAGGAUGACAGCUAUGGACAAUGCUAGCAAGAACGCCGGUGAAAUGAUUGGCAAGCUCACUUUGACAUUCAAUCGUACAAGACAGGCUGUGAUUACCAGAGAAUUGAUUGAAAUUAUUUCUGGAGCAGCAGCUUUAGAGUAGAAUUCCAAAUUAUUGUUAAAUUAUCCAAGCAUCGUAAUUAUUAUAGAGAUUGAGGGUAACAAUAGUUGCCCAACUGAGUAUCACUACAUUGAACAAUAUUUAAUAAUGAUUUCUUUAUACAUUUUCUUUUCAAUUUAGGUUUCAUAUUUAUACAUUUGUGAAAAAAAAUUAUAAAAACAAACAAUAAAGCGAUCAGUGAUAUUUAUCAAUGAGUAGAAA